CCUGUAGAUAGACUUUAACAUUUCGGAUGUUCUCUUUUACUACUUUGGAAAUACAUAAAAAUAAUAAAAAUAAUUUUUAGUAUAUUCAAAAGGCUUAAAACAAAAAAUAAAAUAAGAAGUGACAAUGACAUCAGAAGAAACAAAAAGUUUGUUUUGUUUUGUUGAAGAGUUAUUUUUGCCAUUUGGGCCACCUCCUAUAUUAGCCGAUAUUAAAAGUGAAUUGAAAGAAUUUAUUGAAUAUCCUGAUAAUCUUCCGAUUUAUAAUAUCGAUAAUGCACAAUGCUAUUGGCCAAGAAAACCAGAUAUUUUGGCUUUAUUAAAUGCCGAUUUGGCACCAGUUGGAACAUGUAUUAAGUUCAAGAGAGAUCCAAUUACUGGAAAAAUUGGAGAUAUGUUAGAAGUUAAUGUUCAAGGAACUGGUGAAACUGCUAGAAAUUCCAUGUCCAUGACAAGAGCACCUGGACCUCCAGCGGAAGGUGUUAGAGGCAACACAAGCAAUUUCUUAUUUUGGCCUGGUGGUUUCGAUGAAGCCAAAAUUCCUGAAGAGUCUGAAUUAACCAAUGUUCACUUUGAAACUAAUCUUCGAACCUUAGCUAAAGGUUUUAAAUGUGGCAUGGAUUUUGAGCCUGACAAUUUUACUCCAAAGAAUGUUCAAUCUGGAGAUGUUUCUCAAAUGCGCAUUCAUGAAUCUUUUGAAAAAGAGAACAAUUUAGAUUUAAUGUUAAUCGUUGAUGAAGAAGCUAAUUCCCUGGAUUUUUUGGCUAAACCCAUAUUACAAAGUAAACCAGAUGUUAAAUGUGAAGAAAAACUUGAAACUGACAUUGAAAAUAUGUUACUUUCGAUAGACACAAUUACUGAAUCAGUCUCAGAAUCUAAAAUUCCUGUAUUAAAAAUUACUGAAGAGGGAAAAAGUUUCUUACAUGCAGAAUGGGCUGAGCAAUUAGAUGUGACAGUAACCGUUACAGAUUUUGAAAAAAGAGUUCCAAACCCAGCUAUUAAUUUUAAAUAUGAAUUAGAUAACUUUCAAAAACAAGCUAUUAUCAAAUUGGAAGAGGACUGUAAUGUUUUUGUUGCUGCUCAUACAUCUGCUGGUAAGACGACUGUCGCGGAAUAUGCAAUUGCAUUAAGUCAAAGGCAUAUGACUAGGACUAUUUACACUUCACCUAUAAAAGCAUUAUCGAAUCAAAAGUUUCGCGAAUUCAAAGAAAAAUUUGAUAGUGUUGGACUUAUCACUGGAGAUUUACAGAUAAAUCAAACAGCUUCAUGUCUUAUAAUGACUACAGAAAUUUUACAGUCAAUGUUAUAUUGCGCCUCUGAAGUUCUCAGAGACUUGGAAUACGUUAUUUUUGAUGAAGUGCAUUAUAUAAAUAACGAGGAUAGAGGGCAUGUUUGGGAGGAAAUUGUGAUUCUACUACCUCGGACUGUAAAUAUUGUUAUGUUGUCUGCAACCGUACCUAAUCCUCUAAAAUUCGCCAACUGGGUUGGUCAGAUAAAGAAAAGGAAGAUGUACGUGAUCAGUACAGUGAAAAGACCAGUGCCAUUGCAACAUUAUUUAUAUAUAGGAAGCAAUAUGAAAACGAAAGACAGUUGUUACCUAAUUCUUGACACCGAUGGUCAAUUUUCUAUGGAAGAUUGGCGACAGGCGAACGCGCAACGACAGCGUGAACUUAAACUGAGUUUAGACAAGAAAGGUACGAAAAAAUUCAAAGAAAGCAAGAAACAGAAUAAGAUUUCAAUUGAGCCAGAUGUGACAUCGCAGGACAGUGAACAAACUGAAGAAAUAAAACCUUCAAUGAUUUCGUCAAAGGAACGAGCAACGUGGAUUGCUUUUCUUAAAUACCUACAACAAGAGGAUAAAUUGCCAGUUGUUGUUUUCGCACUUUCCCGAAGUCGAUGUGACAAAACAGCAGAUUCUUUGCAACAUCAAAACGUGUCAUUGAUCACGAAUAAUGAAAAGGAUAAUGUAACUGAUUUCUUUAAGAAAUCAAUUAAAAGGCUAAAAGGUUCAGAUGCACAGUUGCCUCAAGUUCGAAGAAUGCAAAUACUUUUAGAACAUGGAAUUGGUAUUCAUCACAGUGGAAUUUUACCUAUUUUGAAAGAAAUUGUUGAGUUAUUAUUUCAACAAGGGUUAGUAAAGAUGCUCUUUGCCACUGAAACGUUCGCCAUGGGCGUUAACAUGCCAGCAAGAACAGUUGUUUUCGAUGCUGUUAGAAAAUAUGAUGGUUCUAAAUUUCGUGCACUUCAUCCUACUGAGUAUAUUCAAAUGGCUGGAAGAGCUGGACGAAGGGGUCACGAUACCACGGGAACCGUUAUGUUGUUGUGCAAAGGAGAGGUUCCAAAUUUCAUUGACUUGCAAGCAAUGAUGUGCGGCGAACCGCAGAGUUUGGAGUCCCAGUUCAAGAUAACAUACUCGAUGGUUUUACAUUUGAGAAGACUCAGCGAAACGGUCUCAGUGAGAGAUAUGAUGCGUAGAUCUUUCAAAGAAGCAAGUACACUGGUAAGAGAAAAGCAGGUGAAAGCCGACUUGCAAGAGAUUGAAGAAACCUUGGCAAAAACACCGGCCCUAUCUGCGAAUCAGGAAAUGUUGGCAGAGUUUUAUGAAAUUGCUAUAGAUUAUUUGCGAAUUUGGAAGAAACUUCGACCCGAGAUGCUUGCUGCGAAAAAGGCAUCGAAGAACCUUUCGGAAGGUCGUAUUUUGCUUGUGUCGUAUAAAAAUCACUACAACAAACUUGCCCUCUUGCUUGACAAAAGAAAACAGAAUGACAAUAUUAUGUACAAAGUAUUGAUACUUAAAGAUAAUGAGGAAAUGUGUGAUGAAGAUAAACCUGAGAACUGGUAUAGAAUAAUAGCUCUCACAAAGAAACAGUUAUACUCUGUGAAUCAAAUGCCUUCGCACGAAGUUCUCCUGAUAGACGAGUCAAGUAUUUUGGAAAUCACUAAUUGCACUAUUAAAACUGACUAUCGCUGUGUGAUAGCAGAUUGGGAAAAACGACAAAUUCCAAGAUUCAAAGACUGUUCUCCUGGUCCAACGUUUAGUGCAGUUGUUCAAGAAUUAUUGGAAUUAUCUCAAAGUGCUGUAUCAAAUCCAGAAGUCUUAUUGCCGCACACAGAAAUGAUAAUAAAUAAGAUAGAUCUAAAGCCAGAAGAAAAGAAGCUUAAUAAUUUGAAACGUAUUAUUAAUUCUAGUUCCGUUACUCAAGUUAACAAUUUUGAACAACAAUUCGGUGAUGCUUUUUAUAGAAAGGAACUUGAGGAGAAGAAAAAGGAAUUAAUGAUUAAAUUAAGUGACGAGCAAUUAAGAGACUAUCCAGAUUAUAUAAAUCGAGUUAAUAUUUUAAAGGAACUUGGCUAUAUCGAUCAAAAUGAAAGAGUCACAUUGAAAGGAAGAGUAGCACUCGAAAUGGGAAUGUAUGAAUUAUUUUUAACCGAACUGGUGUUUAAAAAUAUCCUUACUGAUUGGAGUCCAGCUGAAAUUGCAGCUUUACUUUCAUCUUUAGUUUUCCAACAACGCACAGAAGAAUCUGACAAGAAUCUCAGUACAAGGCUAAAAGAUUUGCAAAAAAUAGUGUCAGAUGAGUACGAAAUCUUAAAAGCGAAGGAAGUGAAGUAUAACUUAACACCGGCUCCACCUCUUAAUUUUGGCCUCGUAAAAGUUGUAUACCAAUGGGCUCGAGCAGAAUCAUUUGCCAGUAUUAUGAAUUUAACUGACGUCCAAGAGGGUAUUAUCGUCAGAUGCAUUCAACAACUGAAUGAGACUCUUCGCGACGUAAAGAACGCUGCUAUCAUUAUAGGAAAUCCAAUUUUGAAAGAAAAAAUGGACGAAGCGUCGAGUGCCAUUAAACGAGACAUUGUUUUCACAGCUUCACUUUAUACCCAAGAUUGAGAAGUUAUAUUUAUUUGUUUAAUAGUUACGGAAUUUCAUUGAAAAUGAAAACUUAUUAUUUCUUUUGUUUGUAAAACAAACUUGUAAUUUUUCAAUUCAAUCUUGUUGAAUACGAAAAUUUUUUUUUUUUCAUAUGAAGUUGUAUCAUUCAACUUUAAAUUCAAAAAACAUAUUUUUCACAUAA